ACCCCUCCUCCUCCUCCCCCCUCCUCCGACUUCCUCCCUCUUCCCCGACUCCCUCCCUCGGCCUAAGUGCCACCGCCGCCGCCGGAUUCCCCUGCCACUAGCAGCAUCCAACCGCCAUCUGCUACCACACGCCCGGCGGCGCCAUCGCCGCCGGCCUUGCUGCCCACAACCCACCACCACCGCCGGUCCAGCGGCCUCUACAAGAUUUUUCUAGACCUUGCAAGCAAAUAUCCCCUCCCCAGCCCCCCAAACCUCAAAACCCUAACCUGAAUUGGAGCUCACCGGAGUUCGUAUCCUGGCCGGAGAAGAUGAAGUCCUAGGAGGAGGAGAAGGAGAUUUGUUACUUUCUUGUUACUUUCUCGUUACCUCCCGUGUACCUUUUAGGAAUAGAUAGAUCAUAGAUGUGAUGUGAUUUGAGCAAGCAAGUGAAGCGUGAUGGUAAUGCCUGUUGAGCUAAUCUGGCGUCAUGAUUGCAAAUUCGCAAUGCCGACCGUCCUCUGCAUCCAUCAUGCCUGUCUGUAUGUCUGCACCAGACCGGAGCACUUGAUCCACAAUCUGUUUUUGCUUUGCCCUCACAUUACGUUACGCAUUGCUCAUCAUCACAUCCAUGUUCAAGGAGUGAAAUCUAAUCCACUGAUCCUAAACGAUGGUAAUGGCACACUAUAUGCAGUUCAGUGUGCAUCAAUCUCCAUCUUCCAUUUUGGUCAUCGUGCCGUCGUCGUAACCGUCGUGAAGAACACGAACUCCACUCAGCAGCAGUCUACUGAGGGGAACGGAUCGGAAAGGAAGAUGAGGCUUGUUGGGCGGCGGCGUACAAGAAGCACAGCCAGGGCUGCUGCUAAGCCAUUGGUUGUGCUAUGGGCAACCUCGGCCAUCUGCUCUGCUCUUAUCGCCGUGCUGCUCGCCUCCAGAUCAUACUAUCUCCAGCAGCAGCAGCAGCCGAUCACCUCCACCGGGGCGGUGGAAGAGGGCCGGCACCACCACCGGCGCCGGGCGUGCGACGACCAGGCGAGGUGGGUGGCCAAGAUGGCGUCCCUGCACAACGCGUCCCUGGUCCUCACCGUCGACCGCAGGGGCUGCGCCAACUUCACCAGCCUGCAGAAGGCGGUCGACGCCGUGCCCGACCGCGCCGCGGCGCGCACGCUGAUCGCCGUCGACGCGGGCGUCUACGCGGAGAAGGUGGUGGUGUGGAGCAACAAGACAGGCGUCACGCUGCACGGCCGCGGCAACCUCGAGACCACCGUCGCGUGGAACGGCACCGCCAACUCCAGCGGCGGCACCUUCGCCAGCGCCACCUUCGCCGUCCUCGCGGACGGCUUCGUGGCCUACAACCUCAGCGUCCAGAACACCGCCCGCCCCGCCGACCCCGGCGACGCGGGCCGCCAGGCGGUGGCGCUGCGCGUCGCGGGGGACCAGGCGGCCUUCUACUGGUGCGGCUUCUACGGGUCGCAGGACACGCUGCUGGACGAGCAGGGCCGACACUUCUUCCGGGAGUGCUACAUCGAGGGCUCCAUCGACUUCAUCUUCGGCAACGCGCGCUCCCUCUACCUCGGCUGCACCAUCAGCUCGGUUGCCAACGCCGCCGCGGGCGGCGCCGUCACGGGGAGCGUCACGGCGCAGGGCCACGCCUCGCCCGCCGACAGGACGGGCUUCGCGUUCGUGCGCUGCAGCGUCGUGGGCACUGGGCAGGUGUGGCUGGGCAGGCCGUGGGGCGCCUACGCCACCGUCGUCUUCGCCAGGACGUACCUCGCCGGCGUCGUCGCGCCCGGGGGGUGGAACGACUGGAACGACCCCGCCAGGCAGCAGAUGGUGUUCUUCGGCGAGUACGACUGCACGGGCCCCGGCGCCGCCGGCGGCGGCGCCGCGCAGAGGGUGGAGUACGCGAGGAAGCUGGACCAGCGGCAGGCCGCGCCCUUCAUGGACGCCUCCUACAUUGACGGCAGCCAGUGGGCGGUGCCCCCUCUGCUUCCGACGGUGCAGGGCGACGACGUCAUAUCUGCUGAAUAGCCAACACCAUGGCCGGCAGCAGCGUGUAAAUGUAACUUACUUUAGGCAAAAUUUGCUACCGGACAUCAUUAAAAGAUGUCUUUUACCACAAGCCACUAAAAAAGAGUGACUUUCCUAGAAACCACUACAAAACCAUAUCAAUUUGCUAGGAGACACUAUAGCUUAUGUAAUAAUAUUU